UAUAUUUUAUGCGACUAAUCGGAGUGAAUGUUUUUUGCUUUAAAGUUUAACAUGAUCUUCGAAUAUAAUUCUUUAGCUAAUGUGUUCACAGCCAUAUACGAAUCAUGAGUUGUUUUGGAGGACGUAUGAAAGAGUAUGACAGAGUGUCAUUGGAUAGAUUUGAUAGCAAAAAUUUGCAGUCAACAGUUUACCUUUUGUCUCAUUUACAUGAGGAUCACACAGUUGGAUUGGGGGAGCCAUUAUUCUUUCGUCGACUAAAAUCUAACACUGGAGUGUUUUUGUAUUGUUCUGAAGUAACAGAAGCCCUGCUGCUAGCAAGUCGAAAGUAUUGCCAUCUGAAGCCAUACAUUAAAUGUCUGCCAAUCAACACACCAACAACAAUAGAAAUACCAGAACCACUAUAUGACCAUAAUGAAUGCAUCACAGUCACCCUGCUUCCUGCCUUUCACUGUCCAGGAAGUGUCAUGUUUCUGUUGGAAGGCAAGGAAGGUACUGUGCUGUACACGGGAGAUUUUCGCUGGGAGCAUUUUGAUAUUGAGCAAAUGGUCCAUCUUCGUUCUGGAGAAGGAGUCAAGAAAAUUAAAAGCCUAUACGUAGAUACGACCUUUCUAUCCCCGACCUCACUGCACAUUCCCAGUCGGGCUCAGUGUAUUGAUGCAGUGACCGAGGCGGUGCGAGAGUGGACCUCCAAGAGUCCAAGCCAUGUGGUGUACAUGAACCUGCGCGCACAGUACGGACAUGAGCCCCUGCUCACUAAUGUGGCUACCAGGCUGAAUAGGAAGGUGCAUGUGAGGCAGCAGAAGUUUGACGUGUAUAACACCAUUCAGGAAACGGACGGGCAUUUCACAGCUGACGGACGCAGCACACAGUUACAUGCCUGUGACAAAUAUUGCACAUUGGGAGACGAUGAGGACUGCGUAGAAUUCUGUAAAGACCAGCACGACGCAGACAAGGUUCUAGUGAUUCUACCCACGACGAUGUACUUCACGCAGUUCAAGAAUGUCUCUCUUGACAUGAUCGUGAAAAAGAUGGGAGACAACUUCUACCGCGCUUGCUACUCGUUCCACUCCUCGUACACAGAGGUGGCAGAGUUACUAGCGUAUCUGAAGCCAGAUGCUGCCUAUGCUAAUGUGAAAGCCCCAAGUGAUUUGUCGUUGGCAGAGACUCAAGCAAGGCUGAAUGCAUUACUGGAGUCCUGCUGCAAACCAUCUAAAGGGAGCGAUGUUGGAUGGCAGAACAUUUAUAGCCGGGAACCAGGAGGUGGGGACAAUGAGGGCCAGGAAGUGGGAACCAGGGCACUGGGCACGCUCAGAACACGAGCAACUCAGAAGAGAAAACCUAGAGUGUCUACAAGUGAUGUCGAGAGCUUAGACUUCGGGUCCCCGGCCAAGCAACAGAAAACUGCCGCCAGCUCCUCGCAGGGGAGCCCGUCUAGUACUAGACAGACCAGGGGUCGGGGGCGGGGCCGAUCCCAGGCUAGCACACCGCCUGCGGUCGCGACCAGACGCAGCACGCGCCAAUCAGCGAAGACCAUUGGUCAGGAGGAGACACAGGUAACACCAACUAAAGAAGUGAAGGCGAGGUCAGUAACGCCGGUGUCCAGGCAAGACUCCAGUGAGCCACACUCGUCCUUCGAUGGUAGCCCCCAAAGCGACAGCGAGCUGGAUCUGGUGUCCAGCCAGACAAGUGGUGACAGUUCACAGACUAGCAGCCAUGAAGCACGCAGCUGGGCUGGCGGCAGUUUCCUAGCGGCUGUAAGCUCUUACAGCGAUGAUGAUGAUGAGCAGACAGGCAGAGUGUGUCUCCUUGACGACGAUGAGCAUUGUGACGACACAUACCAGGAUGUGAGCCAGGUGGAGGGUGUGGUUAGUGACGAGGAGGAGGGGCUGACUCUUGAUGACAUCAUUGCCUCAAGCUCUGUUGAAAAACAUGGAAGAUCAAGUUCAAGUGAUAUGAAACUUCCUGCAGAAGAACAAACAAAGCCAUUGGACAAUAAGAAACCCUCCAAAUCUGACGGUGGUGAAACGGUUGAAAAUGACCUCGAAAAGGUUGAAGAUGACCUUAAGAAGGUUGGGGAUGACCAUGAAAAAGUUGCAGAUGAUCUUGCAAAGGUUAAUGAUGACCUUGAAAUGGUUGAUGACCUUGACAAGGCUGAAGAUGACCUUAAAAAGGUUGAAAAUGACCUUAAAAAGGUUCCUGAUGAUCUUGACAAGGUUGAUGACCUUCACAAGGUUGAAGAUGACCUUAAAAAGGUUGGCCAUGACUGUGAAAAGAUUGAAGAUGACCUUGAAAAGAUGGAUGAUGACCUUGACAAAAUUGAAGAUGCCCUUGAAAAGGUUGAUGAUGAUUUUGAUAAGGUUGAUGACCUUGACAAUGUUGCAGAUAACCUUGAAAAGAUUGAAGAUGACCUUGAAAAUAUACAUGAGAACAAUGAAAUGCAGACAGACAAUGAAAUUUCGUUGAAAAAAGAAGAGGACAUUGUCGUUAUUGAUAUUGAUUCAAAUCAAUCUUUAAAAAACGAAAACAGUUGUGACUUGUUUAUAGAAUCGCAACCUGCAGCUUUGGACCAUGAUAUGGACUAUUUCAAAAUUCACCUCGACAAAAGAAGGGAAGCCAGUGGUGAUGGAAAUGCAAUGGGAAAUACAGUGUUAAAGGUGACUGAAACUCAAGAGACCAUUACCAUAAUAGAAUCGCAAGCAGCAGCUUUAGACAAUGAUAUGAAUUUUUCCAAAAUUGACAGCAACAAAAGAAGUGAAGCCAUUUGUGAUGGAAAAGCAAAGGGAAAUAAAGUGUUAAAGAUGACUGAAACUCAAGAGACCAUUACCAUUAUUGAAUCACAACCAGCAGCUUUAGACAAUGAUAUAAACCUUUCCAAUGUUGACAGCGAGGAAAGAAGUGAAGCCAUUGAUGAUGGAAAUACAAAGGAAAAUACAAUAGUAAAGGUGACUGAAACUCAAGAGACUAUUACCAAUGCUAAACCAGAAAGCCCGAGAGUGGCUGGCAGGGAAGAUGGAGUAAACAAACUAGCACAACAACCUGAACAUAAAACUCAUCGGCUUGAAGUUGAAAUCAAAGAACCGAGAGAUUCAAAUGAUGUUAAAAGGAAAAGAAAAGAAAGAAAUAUGGUUGACAACAAAGCAGUUACUAAUAAAGAGAAGAAUGUAUCAAGGGACAAAAGUCAUGAUGCCUACGAUCCAGCUUUUCCAACUCCGGAUUCUCCCAUAAGCGAGGAAAUUGUAAUCAUUGAUAGUGACACUGAGGAAGAGGAUGAAACAAUGGACACAUCUGAAGAUCAGUGUGAACCGAAAUGUCCAGAAGGGCAUAAGUCGCAGUCAUCAGAUGAAACCAAUUAUCAUGUGAGCAUCAACAGUAAAGAUCAAAGUCAAGAGUCUACGCAGGAGAGAAACAGUGACACUACCAAUGUUUUAGAUACAGACAAUUCAGACAUUUACUUAACAUUAGAAAACUCCCAAGAAAGCAUUGAACUUGUGGAAACAUGUGAUGCUCAGGGGCUCAAAAAAGACAUCAUAAUGACAACAGAACUGGAAAAUCAAACAGAUGAAACAAACAAAGCAAGCACUUCCAUUGUUUACGAAAAGCAAAUGAAAGACAACGUUAAUUGUUCAAGAGAAAAUGCAAAUAAAUCAGCUGUUGAUGAAUUAAGUAAAGACAUUGACAAUACUUGUAAUAAUGCAACUAGUCCAGAGGUACAUGCUGAAGAUCCAAAUAAAAGUGAUGCCAAAGAAAAGCAAAAGCUGCAAAUUGAUGAUGAUGUUAUUGAAAUUGUUGACUUAACUGGUGAUGAUUUUGGACCAGAUAAAGAAACCUUAAAACAGGUAAGCAAAGGUAGAAAGAAGCCAAUAAAGAUAUCUUUUGGGAAAAGUAACGAACAAAUAUUGAAAGAAAAACUUGAAAGAGAAAGCAAACGUAAAAGGCUUGAGCAUGAUAGCAGUGAUUCAGAAUCAGACUCUGAGUGGCUCUCAUCUGCCAAAGGCAAUGAACACAGAUCAAAGAGACAGAGGCAGAAGAAACCCAAGAAAACAGAAAUGGAAUUAAAAGAGAUGGAAGAGAAAAAUGAAUUGAAAAGGCAAGCUAUGGGAUUUGUUUGUGAAACUGAUAGUGAUUCUGAAUUGGAGUCAUCUGAACCUGAGAGCCCAACAGGCAGUGUUUUGUAUGAUGAGUUUGUGGAAUUAAGUAGUGGUGAUGAUUCUGACAAAGAGGAUGGCAAUUCAAGCAAAGGACUACAUACAAGUAGAAAAAAUAGCCAGGGAGAAAGAUCAAAUGGUAAUAGAUCAUCGCAUGGAUCAAGUGGAGGUUGGUUGAAUACAAGUAGAGGAGGACGCCAAAGGGAAUGUGAACCUCAGAGAGAAGAUAAUAAUGAAAAUGCUGGAUUAUCAGAACAUUCUGAUACUUCAUCUGAAAAAGAUUCAGAGAAGAACAAUAAAUCUGGUGUUCUUAUUUCUGAAAAUCUUACUACAGGGGCUUUGUUUGAAAAUGAGAAUACAGACAAUACUGGUGAUGUAAAUACAAAUAAAGAUAAUAAUGAAAAUUCUGGAUUAUCAGAACAUUCUGAUACUUUAUCUGAAAAAGAUUCAGACAAGAACAAUAAAUCUGGUGUUCUUAUUUCCGAAAAUCUUGCUACAGGAGCUUUGUUUGAAAACGAGAAUAUGUACAAUACUAGUGAGGUAAAUACAAAUAAUGAUGAUGUUGAUCGUUAUUCGAAGAAAGAUGACACAAGUAAGCCGACUAAGGAGCAAAUUUAUACAAGAGAUGGCAUUGCUAAUAAAGAUGAUUUAAUUGAAGUAAAUGACACGAAAGAUGAUGCUUUUGAGAUAAAUAGAAAUAAAGGCGAUCAUAAUGAAAUAAGUAAGGGGAAUAAAAUUGGUGAGCUUCUUAAGAAAAAGGAGGAUACUUCUGAACUGAAUUUAAUUAAAGACAGUUCAAUUGAGGCAAAAACUAAGAUCAGUGUUGAAGAAUCAAGUAUAGACAAAAUACUUGAAAUUCAAAAUGCUGUUGAUCUAAAUGAACCGCUUCCUCCUGGGACAGAAGAUUUACCUCCCUUGGAAACUUCCCUUGAGAAGAUCAAGAAAGAAACAGAGGUGAAACAAUUUCAAGAGUGUUUCUUUCAGUUCAAGAAACCAUCGACCGAUUUAUAUCUAGCAGACAAAAGUGGCAAGCAAAUAUCAACAAUUAUAGAUAGAAAACCUGCACAAAGUACUGCAAAUUUGGGUACUUUUGAUAAAACUGGAAUGGCGUCAAACAGUGUUGAAAAACAUCGAAGUAUUGAAGAAAAAUAUUCAAGAAAACCUCCACAAAGUGCUUCACAUUCAGGUACUUUAGAUGACACUGGAAUGGCUUCAAGCAAUCUUGAAAAAUAUAUAAAAAGUUUUGCAGAAAAGUAUCCAGGUUUUAAUACAAAUUAUCAAACUAUUGAUACAACAGAUCGUAGGAUGGUAUCUGAUUCAAGCAAAAAAGCAAGUUUUGUUGAGAAGACGAAAAGUAACGUGGUUCCUAAAUAUGGAAAAACAACAAGUUUUUCUACCAUGAAAAAUCCAAACACUUCCAGUUUUGAAGAAAAUUAUCAAAGUUUUGAAACAACUGAUAGUUGGAUGGGAUCUGAUUCAAGAAAAACAAGAACUUUUGUUGAGGAGAAGACUAAAAGUGACGUAGUUCCAAAAUCAAGCAAGAUUAAAAGCUUUUCUGCCAUGAAAAAUCUAAAAGCUGUACGGAAGUCUUAUCAACAUAGUAUUAAUAUAAAGUCCUAUCGAGGAAAGGCGUAUGAUGAUGAUCGGGAAACAGCAAAUACCCGUUCUCGUCAAAAAGAAGCCAUACACGGUCAACACUGGACGGAAGCUGCAAACUAUGACACAAGACGCUAUGCUGACCCUAGGCCUAUUGCUCCAGUAAAGACUGAUAUUUCUCAGUUAAAAGCCAAUAUAUUUUCAUUAACUGGCCUUGAACUAUCUGGAACCUUGUCAGGUACAUCCUCAACCAAUCCCCAAUCCGCAUUUCCUAAACCCCUCUUCCCAGUCCUCUCAGGGCCCAAUCCUGCUGUUCCAUUUGACAGGCCUUUCUCCAGCCUAACACAAACAUCGAGCUUGUUUACGGGACCGUUGGUGUCUUCAGUGGAAACUAAUAGAGCGGGAAACGAAACGUUAGCAGAGCUGAUAACAAAGCUGGAAGAGGUGAAGAAACUAGCAGAGAUCGUCCAGUCAGAGCAGGUACGAGGUCCAAUUAGGGAGCCUGCCCCUUCAGCACAAUAUGAGCAAAAUAGGUAUGACAGCGAGAGACCAGAAUACCCUCCAGUGAGAUAUCAAGGCCAUGGACCUGAACAUGAAUACGAGCGAUAUGGCCAAAGGCAUGAUGUGGAAUAUGUGGAACCAGCCAGGCGCCUUCCACCAGACAACCCACAUUACGAUUACCGACCUUCAUUUCCGCCACAUAGACCUGAUCCUGAUGCGCCUUACCAUGCAAGACGAUAUGACCCUGAUCCAUAUAUGAACAAGGCAGAGGAAGCUUUUUAUGAUUCUCACAGGGCAUACCCUUCCCGUGGACGGGGCAGUCGUUAUCCAGAUUCCCUUCCUCCCAGAAGAGAUCCAUACGAUCGUAGACUGCCUUACGAUGAGCGACGGUUACCAUAUGAACGCCCGCCACAACACUAUCCCGAGUCGGACCCAUAUGAACGAGACUCCCACUACGCCCCAGUGGAGGUCUAUGAAUAUGCCAAUGCCCAUCCAGCUGAGUCCUAUCCCCUGGCGGGUCCUUCAAGCCAAGAACCUGGGCAAUACCAUGAUCGAAGGUUACCUGGCCAGUUCCAUGAUAUAAGGUCACAUGGCCAAUACCAUGAUCAAAUGGUACAUGGCCAUCAACAGAUGUCAAGUAACUCACCUCAGGGUGUAACCAGGGGAAAAAAUAAAACUACGUAUAUAGGGUAUGUAACAGAGACGACUAAAUUAUACGGGCCAAAAACUGUUAAGGCCACUGUGGUGUCUCGGAAAGGGCAGGUAAUGAGUGUUUCUGACCUUUCAAAUUGAACACUUUGGCAGAAAUGUGAACAAUUGAAGUUUUUGUUUUAAAAUCAAAUUAGAUGUUUAAUUUCAAAUUAAAAUGGCGUAACAGUUUCUAUUUUUGAAUAAUUUGGUUUUUUGUUAAGGACAUGUUUGUGUUGAAACGUUUUUUGUUAAGGACAUGUUUGUGUUGAAACGUGUACUUGUUAUUGGUUUUUCAUUCUGUUUGAUAAACAACCAAGAAGACUUAAGUAAUGUACACAGGUAAAGAUUGUAUAUUUCGUAUGAUUUAAAAAAAAAUUGCUAAUGAUUUGCUUUUAAUAGAUGUUUUCAGUACACUCAAAUAAAAAUAUUUAAGAAAUAAAUCUUUACAAUUAAUUAUUAUGUUUGAAUUUUAAAUGAUUGUCAUCAGAUUGUUCAUCACACUUUAUAUUUACAUUUAUAUGGUUCUUGAAGUGUUCUGAUCAUGUGUAAAUGCUGAUUGAAGGUUUAAAUAUAUAACAGUAUGUCUGUGUCUAAUCUAACAUACAAUAAAGAGGGAUGUGAUCAAAGUCUCUUUAAAUGAAAUACCGAUUAUGUUUUCUGUGUGUUUAUUUUUGAAUUUUACGUAUAGAAUAGUUAUCAUUGUAAAAUGUGUUUUUUGUUUUGUGCUGUAACGAACCAAGGAAAGCUCUUACUUGUUUUUGAUGUUCAUUUUU